AUGUCCUCAGUCGUGACUGUCUCAUGUCUAACGUCGCAAUACUUGGACGUGAAUACGGGCCAGUGCAUAGGGUACUCAAGUCCAGGUGAAAAGGCUCAAACGGACUAUGACCAAGAAGUGGAUUCAGGGAACACGGCGUGGAUGAUAACCUCCAGUGCGCUCGUGAUGAUCAUGACUCCAGGUGUUGCCUUUUUCUACGCGGGUCUUGCAGGUGAAGAGAUGGCGUCCAAUACGAUCAUGAUGUCGUUUGUGAGUAUGGCCCUGGUGUCGAUCCAGUUUUGGGCUUUCGGGUACUCUGUCGCUUUCAGCUCGAAUGGUGUUUUUAGCUGGAUCGGGUACAACAAUGUGGGGCAAACGCCAAGUGGCACGUACGGGACCAAGAUCCCACACAUUCUGUUCGCCUUCUUCCAGACUCAAUUCGCCAUGAUCAGUCCAGCGCUCCUCAGUGGAGGCAUUGUCGGGCGCAUGAAAUACGGAUCCUAUCUGCUCUUUAUUCUACUCUGGACGUCACUGGUUUACGACCCAUUGGCCCACUGGAUGUGGUCAUUGCAACUCGAUAGUUCCUGGACGGUCACGGCGAUGGGAUGGGAGGCGAAAAUGGGAUCGCUCGACUUUGCUGGUGGUACGGUGAUUCACAUUUCUAGUGGAUUCGGAGCACUCGCUGCUGCGAUGAUGGUCGGAAAGCGAUACAACCAUGAUGAACCUGUGAAGCCACAUAAUGUGCCGCUGGUGAUGAUUGGCGCGACAUUUCUGUGGUUUGGCUGGUUUGGCUUCAAUGCUGGGUCGCAGGGUGCUGCAGAUGGCAUUGCUGCUACUGCUGCUAUCAACACACACCUUGCUUCAAGUGCAGGCUUCUUGACGUGGGUAGGCCUUGAGUUUGCCAUGUACAAGAAGUUUGACCCGUGUGGAGCUGCAAGUGGCGCUGUAGCUGGCUUGGUUGCUAUUACUCCGGCUUGUGGGUACGUCUACCCAUGGGUAUCGGUGAUAUUUGGCGCGGCAGGUGCUGCAACGGGGUUUGGAGCCAUUCGGAUGAAGAAGUACCUGCGGUACGAUGACACCCUGGACUCGUUUGCGAUCCAUGGUUGCGUUGGAGUACUGGGUGGUCUCAUGACGGGUUUAUUCGCGACGUCGGACGUAAACCCGAAUAUCAAGGGCGGUGCUUUCUACGGCAACGGUGUUCAGUUCGUGCACCAGCUAGUCUCGCAGUGCGUGGCUGCUGCCUACUCUUUCAUCAUGACGAUGAUGAUUUUGUACAUGUUAAAGAUCACGAUCGGUCUUCGCGUGGACGAAGACAAAGAGGUGAACGGUAUCGAUCUCACGUACCAUGGCGGUGCUGCCUACGACUACAGACCACAGGAUUAUGCUGCGAAGAGCACGAGACGACCCUCGAGCGAGUUUGCUUUGAUGGUUGCGCCAAACCUAGCGCCAUUGUAA